AUGAUUCAGUGGCAAGGAAUUGAACGCGAAUUCACCARCAAUCUGGGAUUGUUAGCGAGCAUUGAUUUGUCAAGCAACAACUUAACRGGAAAAAUCCCAAAUGAAUUGGUCGAUCUUCAUGAACUGCUUGCACUGAAUUUGUCGAAGAACACUCUACUUGGAGAGCUUCCAAUAAAAAUUGGCGAGAUGAAAAAUCUUUUAACUCUGGAUUUAUCUAGAAACAAUUUUUCAGGAGCAAUACCAUCAAGCAUGUCUCAAAUGGCUUCAUUAAAUUACCUAGAUAUGUCGCAUAACAAUUUGUCAGGGAGAAUUCCAUCUAGCACUCAACUCCAGUCCUUUGAACCUUCAAAGUUCACCGGAAAUGCAGGACUAUGUGGACCUCCCCUUACAAAAAAUUGUCCUGGAGAUGUAGUACCACCUGUUGCAAGUAAAAAUGAGAAUGGUGAGGAAGGCAUAGAUGAACUUGAGAGAUGGUUUUAUAUUGGUGGAGGCAUUGGUUUUGGUACUGGAUUUUGGAUAGCAUGUGGCGCUUUACUUGUCAAUCGUCGUGGGAGACAUGCUUUUUUUCCCUUUGUUGAUUUCUGGAAGGAUUGGGUGUACGUAAAGGUGGUGGUGUUCUUUCGAAAAUUGCGAAGGGUUGAACACGCAUAG